GGGUGAUGGAAAAAAAGUGACGAAGAUUCAUACAAGGUAUAUUCAUAUGAUACACCCCCAUCUCCAAAUGUCAUAAACCCCCACUCCCUCCUCCAGGGCUUAACAGCUAACAAUCUCUCUCUCUCUCUCUCUCUAACCCAUGGCCGCCGUUUUCUCAACCCCCAAGUUCUCCCCCACACCCACAACUUCCAUUUCCCCACUAAACCCCAUAACUCCACAGCAGCACCACCACCACCACUCUCCUCUUCAUUUCUCUCCAAAACACUCAUUCCCUUUCACCUUAAAAAAGACCGCCAUCUCCUGUUCCCACCCCCAACAAACCCCAUCAAACUCCACUCCCACACCCACGCCUUCCCCCCGCCGCCGCCCCAAUUACAUCCCCAACCGCAUCUCGGACCCCAACUACGUCCGCAUCUUCGACACCACUCUCCGCGACGGCGAGCAAUCCCCCGGCGCCUCUCUAACCUCCAAGGAAAAACUCGACAUUGCCAGGCAGCUCGCCAAGCUCGGCGUCGACAUCAUCGAGGCCGGCUUCCCCGCCGCCUCCAACGACGAUUUCGAGGCCGUGAAGACCAUUGCCAAGGAGGUUGGCAAUGCUGUCGAUGCCGAUGGGUACGUUCCGGUCAUCUGUGGCCUCUCUCGGUGCAAUGAGAAAGACAUUCGGAGAGCCUGGGAAGCUGUCAAGUACGCUAAAAGACCCAGGAUUCAUACCUUCAUUGCCACCAGUGCUAUUCACAUGGAAUUCAAGUUGAGGAAGACCAAAGAACAGGUCAUUGAGAUUGCAAGGAGUAUGGUGAGUUUUGCAAGGAGCUUGGGCUGUGAUGACGUCGAGUUUAGCCCCGAAGAUGCUGGGAGAUCUGAUAAGGAGUUCCUUUAUGAAAUAUUGGGUGAAGUUAUAAAGGCUGGUGCAACAACUCUAAACAUACCUGACACUGUGGGCAUUACUGUGCCAACUGAAUUUGGGAAAUUGAUUUCUGAUAUAAAGGCCAAUACCCCUGGAAUUGAAAAUGUUAUUAUUUCAACUCACUGCCAAAAUGAUCUUGGGCUUUCUACUGCUAACACUGUAUCGGGGGCAUGUGCUGGUGCGAGGCAGUUGGAAGUGACAAUCAAUGGCAUUGGUGAAAGAGCUGGGAAUGCUUCACUAGAGGAGGUUGUAAUGAUCUUAAAAUGCCAUGAAGGGGAUGUCUUGGGAGGUCUUUAUACUGGAAUUAAUACACGGCACAUUUAUAUCACAAGCAAGAUGGUUGAGGAGUACACUGGGUUGCAUGUGCAGCCACACAAAGCUAUUGUUGGUCCUAAUGCUUUUGCUCAUGAAAGUGGUAUCCAUCAGGAUGGAAUGCUUAAGCACAAAGGCACAUAUGAAAUAAUAGCUCCUGAAGAUAUUGGUUACGAGCGAUCCAAUGAAGCUGGUAUUGUCCUCGGGAAACUUAGUGGACGCCAUGCCUUGAGAAAGCGACUUGAAGAGCUUGGUUAUGAGCUUGACAAUGAACAACUUGAGAAUAUAUUUUGGCGUUUCAAAGCAGUAGCUGAUCAGAAAAAGAGAGUUACUGAUGCUGACCUAAGAGCAUUGGUAUCUGAUGAAGUUUUUCAGCCAGAAGUUGUUUGGAAACUUCAUGAUCUGCAGGUUACUUGCGGAACUCUGGGUCUUUCUACAGCAACCGUUAAACUCAUUGAUGCUGAUGGAACAGAGCAUGUUGCUUGUUCUGUUGGAACAGGGCCAGUAGAUUCAGCUUACAAGGCUGUUGAUCUCAUUGUGAAGGAACCUGUAACCCUUCUUGAGUACUCGAUGAUUGCAGUCACAGAAGGCAUUGAUGCAAUUGCUACCACCCGUGUUCUAAUACGUGGGGAAAACAGUCACACAUCUACUCAUGCCUAUACUGGAGAAACAGUACAUCGGACAUUUAGUGGAAUUGGUGCUGGAAUGGAUAUCGUUGUUUCUAGUGUCAAGGCCUAUAUUGGGGCAUUAAAUAAGAUGUUAGGCUUCAAGGAAGAGCCCCCAGUUAAGACUCCAGCCAAAACAACCAGUGUGUCUGUUUGAGGAGCUAUGGGGGGAAGUCAUCAUAUUUGCAUGAAGCCUAGCAAUCAAAUUGCCAGGAUCAUGGGUCUGUGAUUUCUUGUUGAUUGUACAAAGGUGGGAUGAAGUAUUCUGUUUUAACUUAUGGCUGUUUCAUUGUUAUGAACAAGUUUCAGCGAUAGGCCUAAGCAGCCUGUCAUUGGAUUUUGGUUGUACUUCAAUUCAAAUGUGUUAUUUGUAGAAAUUUUGCUUGAAUCUGUGGAAGGAUUAAUUUUGAGAAUAGAGAUGAUUGGUUGUUUUAAAGCUAAAUGUGUGUAGAUUACAAAGAUUGUGAA